UUCCUAUCAACAAUCUUAUUUUUAUAGCUUUUGCUUCUUAAUUAGCUUAUUUAGCUAGUCAAGUGAGCAAAAAAUAUUUUUCUUUUAAUUUAUAAUACUAUAAAAAAAAUAUUUGGAUUAUAAAAUCAUAUAAUUUUUAGUUAUAAAGUAAUUCAAAUAUUAUAAAAAAUUAAUUUGUAUUAAUAAAAAAAUAUAUUAAUAAUGUAUUUUGAAGGAAAUGACAAAAAUAGGUUAAUUAUAUGAAUUUUUCACCUUCUUUUCCUAACCCCAUCCUAAGUGAUUUCUCAACAAUUUCUCUUAAAUUUCCUAAUUCCAUCCUAAGACGCAUACAGCAGUGGUUGAUGACUUCUUGCAAGUGAUGAGAGAGACACCAAGCUUGAAAUGUCAAAGUGGACCAGUUUGCAAGUAAUGACUGAUCACUGAUGUUGCACCCAACUUUACUCCCAUCCCAUGGGUCCCCAAAUUGAAUUUGAUUUUAAUGGGUUGGAAUUUUAAUCAAUGUCCAACUUCAUAAGAAAUUUAAAUUUAAUUACAACUAAACUUUUAUUUUUCUCAAUUUUUUUUACAGGAAUUUCACUCAAUUUUUAGUAAAUAAUAAAAAAUUUAUAUAUUUCAACAUUUUUUUCGCAAUAUAAAAUUACAAUGGCUCUUCACCGCCACUAGUACAAAUGUUGCGGAAAAUAGCUAGAAGAAUUGUUUAUGCAGAAUAAACUUCUCUCUGCUGUCCUCCCAUGACUACAGAAACGCUUAUCUUUCUUUUCCUGCUUUUCUUCCAAAGUUGCAAUGGAAGGGAUACAAGUCUCUGUGCCUCUUCUUCAUGAGGCAAUAACAACAACAUCAGUUACCCUUUCCGAUUACGAACUGAUCCAAACAAUUGCGGAGACCAUAGAUUUGAGCUUUCUUGUGAAAAUAAUUUCACUUUGUUAAAUCUAUUCCGAGGAAGAUACCAUGUUCAGUCCAUCAAUUACGAUAACUUCACUAUCCGACUGGUAGAUGCCAGCGUCCAUCAACAUGAUUGCUCUUUCUUUCCUCGUUUUCCUUUACCUUAUUAUGGGAUUGAUCCAUAUUCCAAUUAUAAAUUACCACUGUCAGUGUCAGAAGAAGACAAUUGGGCAGGGUUAUCUCAGAUGAUUAUUUUGAUCAAGUGCCCAAAUCGAGUGUACUCUCCUCUUUACGUGGACACAGCUCCUUGUGUUUUGCGUGGAUUCAACUCUUCUGCAUCGACGCACUACUAUUAUGUAAAUAUAGGAGACAUGCUGGCAUCCGAUUUGAAGGAGUUGUGCAGCGUGGAGAUGAUGAGUUUGUUUCCAGUUUCCGCAAGGGAGAACAUGUCGUUUAUUGAAAUUCACAGGGAACUUGUAUUUGGGUUUCAGCUUUCCUGGCACCGCAUCUUAUGUGAAAAAUGUAAUGGUAGUUGCUAUCUGGACAGCAGGAACCGCUUUCAAUGCAUGUACGCAGACCGGACGAGUAAUAACUUCAAGGAAAUCAUGGCUGAAAUCAAAUGGAUGCUUGACCAGAUUUUGGUUUAUCUUGGAAUGCUUCUUGCUGCAAGAAACUUAUGUGGGACUCCAUGUGUGAUAGCAUUUUUCAUUUAUAAAUGGCGAAGGAGACAUUUAUCAGGAUACAAUACCAUUGAAGAAUUCCUUCAGAGUCACAACAAUCUUAUGCCAAUAAGAUAUUCUUAUUCAAACAUUAGGAAGAUUACUGGAGGUUUUAAGGAAAAGUUGGGAGAAGGAGGCUUUGGUUCUGUGUAUAAAGGAAAGCUUCGUAGUGGUCAAUUUGUUGCAGUAAAGAUAUUGGAUAAAUCUAAAGCUGAUGGACAAGAUUUUAUCAAUGAAGUUGCUACUAUUGGGAAGAUUCAUCAUGUUAACGUGGUACGAUUAAUUGGUUUUUGUGCCGACAGAACAAAACAAGCUCUUAUAUAUGAAUUCAUGUCUAAAGGGUCUCUUAAUAAUUAUAUUGAUUGUCAUAAAGGAUCCAUUUCUUUAAGUUGGGAAAAACUAUAUGAGAUAUCCCUUGGAGUUGCUCAUGGCAUUGAAUAUCUACAUCAAGGUUGUGACAUGCAAAUACUUCAUUUUGACAUCAAACCUCACAAUGUUCUUCUUGAUGAAAAUUUCACUCCAAAGAUUUCUGAUUUUGGCCUUGCUAAAUUUUAUCCAACCAAAGGAAGCAUCGCAUCUCUUACGGCUAAAAGGGGAACAUUAGGAUAUAUGGCACCAGAGAUAUUCUACAAAAACAUUGGACGUGUCUCAAAUAAAGCAGAUGUGUAUAGCUUUGGACAGUUGGUGUUAGAAAUUGCAGAUAGAGGGAAGAAAGUAAAUGGAUUUGCUGCAAGUUUAAGUGAAGUUUAUAGUCCAUUUCGGGUUUAUGACCAACUCUCUAGUGGAAAUUUACCAAUAGAAGACACAGCGGAAGAGGAAAAUAUAAAAGCUCGAAAAAUGAUUAUAACAGGACUAUGGUGCGUACAGUUUCAACCUUCCGAUCGUCCAGCAAUGAACAAAGUUGUAGAGAUGCUUGAAGGAGAUAUUGAAAGCCUACAAAUGCCUCCUAGGCCUGUUCUAUUUCCUGUAGAUUCAGUGACUACAGAAUCGAAUAGCCUGGCUGAAAAUCCAAGUCAAGGAACCUUAGGAAAUAUUCUGCUCAGUGUGGUGGGGGAAGGCUAAAAUACCACACAUUAAAAGAGCAGUCUUCCAUUUCAAAUGAUGGAACAAUAAUCUUCUUCCUCUUGUAUCCUUUAAAAUUGCCCUAAACACUAGAGUUAAUUGAUGAAUUGAUGAUAGUUUGUAAUAAUUCUAUGUUUAAAUUGCAAGUGAUCGCUACUUAUAUUUGCAUCA